UUUCUGGUGACUGGGGCCGCGGAAGAGGCGGCGGGGACGAACUAAGGGACUUCGCCCGGGCUCUGCGCCUCUUCGGCUCCCAGCGCUCAGCGGUGGAAGGCGUUUUCCCCGAAGGUACCGGAGGAGCUGGGCCAGGCCGGGGACAUCCAUGAAAACCUGAUAUCUGUGGGCAGUUUUACAGCUGGAUGAUAAGAAAAAUUGAACUCUUCUUCUUAAGUCAUGGCAUAUCAAUUAUAUAGAAAUACCACUCUGGGAAAUAGCCUUCAGGAAAGUCUCGAUGAGCUCAUACAGUCUCAACAGAUCACCCCCCAGCUUGCCCUUCAAGUUCUACUUCAGUUUGACAAGGCUAUAAAUUCAGCAUUGGCUCAGCGAGUCAGGAACAGAGUCAAUUUCAGGGGCUCUCUAAAUACGUACAGAUUCUGCGAUAAUGUAUGGACUUUUGUAUUGAAUGAUGUUGAAUUCAGAGAGGUGACAGAGCUUAUUAAAGUGGAUAAAGUGAAAAUUGUCGCCUGUGAUGGUAAAAAAUUCAGACGCCAGUACCUGGAAUGGUUAUCUCUUCAUAUGAAGGAUGAUGAUGUUACAAGGUGACUGAGAGGAAGUUGCUGUUCUCAGACCUCCCCACUGAGAGGCCAUUGCGUUGUCUGAUCUCUCUCCUCUUCCUCCUGCCUCCAAUUUAUUUCAUUCCCAGUCCACAAGCAACACCUGUGUCAGCAAAGGCUGCCCCGCAACUGCCUCAAAUGUCACAAUCCACAGCUGCGGAGGCUCUCGGAGAAUUGACCUGCCUUUUCACCCAGGCAUGAUCCUUAACAUUUAACCUCUUCUGCUUCAUUGUAAGUCCUUCAGAGAUGAAAGUAGGUCUUAAACUUCUUUGCAUAAAUAUGCCCAGAUUUAGGGCACUUCACAUGGCCCCUUGAGACUAUUCACUCAACAAGUUACUGAAGGGUCUAGGUGGUCCGAAGGCACGUAUAUGUAUAUGUAUUUUGUUGUUGUUUAGUUGUUUUUUAGUCAUGUCUUCUUAGAAUCCUUACAAGGUGUUAACUCACUAGAGUUAAUAGAAACAAUGCUUAUGUAAUUGGUUCACACAUUAGAGCUCACACCUUUAAGAGAGUUUACCCAUUAGAGUUCACAAGUCCCGGAGAUUCACAAGUCACACCUCCCACAAUCCCACUCUGGGAGGAGGAGUCAACCUUUGGGUUCACACCUUUAAAAGAGCAUAAAAAGGACCUAAAUCAGAGGAGUGAGAAGUCAGUUGAGGAGAUUGACAAGCUAGAGACUGCAGUCGGGCAGAACUGGGGAUUCAGAAGAGAAGAGGCUGCAGCUGGCAGAGGCAGAGGCAAAGAACUAGCAACAAGAGCUCUCGGACCAAAGAAAACUAACUCGUCUAUUUGGAAGUACAAUAAAGGACUGUACUUUAAUCCUUGGCUGAAUUUGAGGUGAUUAUUACUCUGGAUUGAAACUAAGGCUGCCUCCAGAACCUCCCUGAGAAACCUGCUCGCAGAGAGCCAUCAUAGUUUAGAAAAAGAAGAGAACACCACAAUGUCUGUUUGUGACCCCUUUGGGGAUUUUCUUGGCAAAGAUACAUGAAGUAGUUUGCCUUUCCUUCUCUGGUUCAUAUUGCAGAUGAGGAAAUUGAGGCAAACAGGAUUAAUUGACUUUCUGGGGUCACACAGGUAAGUGUCUGAGAUAAGAUUUGAACUGGGGUCUACAGGCCUGGUGCUCUAUCCACUGAGCCAGCUAGUUGAAUUACAUAGUUGCAUGGUACCUUCUUAUUUUCUAUUAAUCUAAUAACAGAAUCCUAAAAUUUUAGAGCAACAAAUAUUUUAGAAAUCAUCUAGUCCAAUUCUUUCAUUUUAUGAGUGAGUAGGGCAGAAGACUCAGUAAGAUAAGACUAACCGGUUUACCCAAGCAUACAUAGCCUUUCAGUGGGAUAAGAAACCAGUUUUUUUUUUUUUUUAAUAUAGUUUAUACUUCUUUAGCCUCUACAAAAAUGUUACUAUAUAUACCAGCCUCUCUUAUAGAGAUCUAAGUACUGCUUUUUUCCAUAUGACAGAAAGGGAUAUUUAUCAUUACUCUAAGAAAGAACAUUUCUUAUUGGCUGCUAUACUUAGUAAAUUGAGGUUCCCCCAAAGUAAAAUAGAGGCCUCACGCGUGGGAAAUGACUUCAUUGAAGAGACUUUAUCCGAAAAGGGUCAUGUAUUUAAAUCAAAUAAGAAUCUGAAUUUCUGGAGUAGCCUAUAGGAAGUUUUCUUUGAAAUAACACCUUCAGACUUGUGGUUUGGACAUUAUGAGAUUAAAGCAUCUCAAGCAUUUACAAAUUCAAAACCUUUGUUUUAGAGUCUCUCCUUGAACACACAGGUGACUCAGGACAAGUAUCAUUUCUCUGAAGUGCGGUUCCCACCCAGAAAAUUGGAAUAUCUUGAAUGAAGCUAAAGUAAUGUGUCAUUACCUUUGUAAGCUCACAGUUCAAAGGAUUUAAAGAAUGAACAAAAUUAUUUAUAAAUGAAGGAAUAAAAACAAGAACUUUCUAUGUGCUAGGUCUGGUGCUAAAUGCUGGAAAUUCAAAUACAAGAGUAAAUACAGUCCCUGUUCUCUGAAGAUGAACCCUGAUUUUUCCCAUCCCUCCCUCCUGCCUCUGCACUCAACUGGUCCUGGUUCCUUCUCACCCAGGGCCGAGGCUCUGCAGCACAGCCGGGCCUGGUUCUCUCGGGCUGCUGGGACUCAGAUCCCGACUCUUCCAGCAGUCCAGGAGGUGAAAGAUUCUAUGGUUCCUGCUGCUCCCAGGGCUAGAAACUUGGUGUUUCUGCCAGGAGGUGUUUGCACUUCACACGGAUUAAUCCCCUGCCCAGAGUGUUUUUUUAGAUUUUGGGGUUGAGUGGAGGACCCCUACUCUGCCCCAAAUCUUGAUUUUUUUCACUAGCCUAUGUUCAUCCAUAUGUGCACAUUUGUUCUAUUUGUGGGAGAAAUCUAGAGAGCUUAAAAUUUACCAACUUACUCCACCAUGUUCCCAGAAUCUCCCUGUCCUCCCCCUACCAGUCCCUGUUUUCAAGGAGUUUAGAUUCUAAUGAGGGCAAUUAAGGUGGCAAAGUGGUUGGCAAAGUUGUAGAGGAGGUAGCUGGGCUUGGAAUAAAAAAAAAAAAAUAAAGUCCAGGAGAGCCAGUUAAUGAUGACCGUGGACUCAGGACAGAAAUUCUGGAAAUAAAAGUGCUAAAUCCUAUAGAAUAUAAUCUCUAAUAUGGGUACCAAGGUAGAGAGCAAGGAUUUCAUAAAGUUUUUAAAAAGUUUUUUAAAAAGAAUGAAUUUACUGAUAAACUCGAAGAGACAAAUCUGGUUCAUAUCAGGUGACAGUUCCUACCAGUGAUCUACUCAUGUGGCUACAGUCAUUUAGGGUGUUUCCCUGAACAGAGUCCCUCCUGUUGACAUUUCCUUUUAGAGUUCAGAACCAUUGGUUAUUUGCAUAGUUUUCGGACUAUAAUUCAUACUUCUUGGAAUUCUCAGCUUCUAAAGGUUGUUACUAAUUGUUCUCUUUCACCAUCACUAAGGAUCAUUUUCAUUUUUUAUUUUUCUUUGUAUCUUCAGUUCUUUAGCACAAGGCUUGGAACAUAGAAAAUAAUAAAUUCUUGGAAAUGGAUUGACUGGCCUUUUUGUAUAGUAUCUUGCUUUGCCUGCAGCUCAUGCCUCCUUCAUUUCUCCUCAAUUUCUAGCAGUUACUGAUAUCACGUUUCUUUAUGGUCCCAUGUAGAAUUUGGUCCUCUUUGAAAUUCAAUAAUACUAAGUUACAUUA